GUGAGAGGUAGUGAGAGUCCACAGGAAGAGGGAACUGAAAGGAACACGGAACUGAGAGGGGGCAGAAGACAAGGAGGACCUGUGGGUCACAGAGCCAGUCAGCCAUGCUGGGAGCCAAGCGACACUGGCCACCAGGUCUCCUAUCCAGUCCCCGGCUGCCCUUGGCCCUGAUGCUUCUUGUCCUAGGGUGCGGGUGGGCCCAAGAGGGGACAGAGCCUGUCCUCCUGGAGGGUGAGUGCCUGGUGGUCUGUGAGCCUGGCCGAGCUGCUGCAGGGGGUCCUGGGGGAGCAGCCCUAGGAGAAGCACCCCCCGGAAGAGUGGCAUUUGCCGCAGUCCGAAGCCACCACCAUGAGCCAGCAGGAGAGAUCAGCAAUGGCACCAGUGGGGCCAUCUACUUUGACCAGGUCCUGGUAAAUGAGGGUGGUGGCUUUGACCGGGCCUCAGGCUCCUUCGUGGCCCCUGUCCGUGGUGUCUAUAGCUUCCGAUUCCAUGUGGUGAAGGUGUACAACCGCCAAACUGUCCAGGUAAGCCUGAUGCUGAACACAUGGCCUGUCAUCUCAGCCUUUGCCAACGACCCUGACGUGACUCGAGAGGCAGCCACCAGCUCUGUGUUACUGCCCCUGGACCCGGGGGACCGGGUGUCCCUACGCCUGCGCCGGGGGAACCUGCUGGGUGGCUGGAAAUAUUCAAGCUUCUCUGGCUUCCUCAUUUUCCCACUUUAGAGUUUCAAGCCUUUCAAGGAUCGGACUCUAACCCCUGCCUUCUGCCCUCUGCCCUCUGCCCUCUCUUGCCCCAGAAGCAGCAUCUUUGGGGGUAGGAGAAGGGCUCCCUCUGUCUGCCUGUAUUCUACUUUCUUGCAUGGGACCCUGUUCCUAACGCCCAAGGUGAAGAGUGAGGAGUAGAGCUGCGGUGUCUGAGGACCUAGCCCCUCGGACCUCUCCUCCCACCCCCAGUCUCCCACUGCAGCGCUUUGUACCCACAGGGUUUGCCAAGUAGGGAGACCUGUGCUGCUUUACAGACUCUGCUCGUCCUGUUCCUCUACCCCCAGCUCUCCACUCAGUGCUAUUUAGGGACAGGUGGCCCAGGUGAGCCUGACAG